UCUGGUCAGUCUUUCCAGAUGGUUUUUUUCGCUUUUUCCAUAUACGACUUCCGCCAUUCGCAAAGUUCCAUUUGAGUUGAGAGAUCUCGCGUUGUGCCGCAAUCCAAGUGAAUACGCAAUGUGUGCGUCCGCGAUUACCGAAGAAAAGAAAGAGGAAAGUGAUACACCGUCGAUGUAUGAGAUGUACGAGGACUGGUUGAAGAACGGGCCGAAGUUGAUGUUUGGCGAAUUCCCACUUCUCAUCGAUAUCUAUCUCAACGAUUCUGACGAUUUCUUCAUUCAGAAGGCCAAGGAUGAAUUACGGGAAACACCGGAAAAUGUUGCCGAGAGCUUGAAAGAACUUCGAAAAUUGCUCGCAGAGGAAUCUGAUUUGAUCUUACCGGACGAUGAUAGUUACUAUAUUAUGUUUUUACGAUGUUGCAAGUGGUAUCCGAAAAGCGCAUUUUCACGCAUGAAAAGGUACUUUCACUUCCAACAGCAAUAUCCACAUAUAUAUAAAGACUUGUUGCCUAGUACAGCUAAACUGGCGUUAUGCCACGGUUUACUUUAUGCUCUGCCAUUUCGUACCAACGACGGAUGCAGAAUAUUGGUAGCAGAAGCCGGGAAACGAUGGAAACCAAAGGAAGUAUCACCAAACGAGUUAUUCAAAGGUCUAAUACUAAAUUUAUUCGUAGCCAUGACGGAGCCCAAAACUCAGAUAGCAGGUGGUCGUGCCAUCUUAGAUAUGGAUGGUUUAAGUUUGCAUCACAUCACGUAUCUCACACCGAGCUUCGCGAAAAUGAUGGUGGACUUUAUACAGAAAUGUCUACCAGCUCGUCUCAAAUCUAUACAUAUCGUCAGACAAUCGUUUGUUUUUAAUAUAGCAUUCGGACUCUUUAAGCCAUUUCUCGAGGAGAAAUUACGCAAACGAAUUUUUUUUCACGGCACAAAUUUUGAGUCCCUAAUGACUUCAAUGAAUACAAAUAAAGAGACGCUGCUUAAGAAGCACGGUGGCGAUCUGGAAAUGCCCGAGGGACCGUAUGGCGAGACUUAUUGGAGAUCAGUACUCUAUUUAGAACCUUUUGUGAAAACCAAAUACGGAUACGUAUCGGAUAGCAGUAAAACAUAAUUACUGCUAAUGAUUGCGCGAUCGUUAUCAUUAACGUCAUCAUGACGUUAAAUGCAUGACCAUAAAUGCAAUUACACGAACACAGAAGAUGCAAUAUGCAUAUUUGUGUGGGUGUUGUUUACAUGUUUUUUUAAUAAAAUAAAUGUAUGUUUCGUUUAUUGAUAUAUGUAUAAGAGAAGAACACCGAAAUACAAAAAAAAGUGAAUUUCUAGAAAACGUAUUAGUGUGUGCAAUUUCUAGCCUUGUACUAUUGUAUGUUCCGUACACAUGUUUGCGUGAGUAAAAGAUACAAACUAUCAAGUCCUAGCAUCCUAAACUAGCAUCCUAGCAAGUUUUGUACAUUAAGAGAGUUUAUUAAAGUUAAUGUUAGAAAGAACAAUUGUUGUUAAUGGAAAAUAUUGUAGUCGCAAAAUUAUAACCUUUCAAAAAUCUGUUUAAAAAAAAAUACAUCCAUAACACAUAUUAGAAUUUUAUUUAUAAAUAAAGUGAUUUAAAUACACUGACCAUUCUAAGUACAUUGGCUUUCUCGUCAUUUGUUGACAUUAUUAAACGUUUAUAAUUUUAUGUGACGUCUAAUGGAGAUUUUGUAUUGAAUAUUGUUUUGUGUGAAAUGUGAUUGCCUACGUUUACAAAUAAAAUAUCUACUACAUGUAACAAUUUAAAAUAUAUUUAAAUAGAUAUUUAAAAUAUCUACCACAUAUAAUAUUUUAAACUUGUAAAAAUGCGAUCGCAACUACUUUAUAUUACACAAUGUUGCUAAAUAAUACACAAAUAGCAAAUGUGUUCAUUUAUUUACAUAUCUAUAAUUUAUUUAAUAUUACAUUAUGUUCGUCAAAUAUUUCUCGUUAAUGCGCAAUUUCUUUUUAUACUAAGAAUAUUUUUAUUAAAUACAAUUAAUCAUAUAUAUAUUCAUAUAUAAAAACAAAACUGCUCUAACGAGAACUACGUUUUGAUAUAUCCCAUAUGUGUUGCGUGAGCAAAAAACUAUUUUGAUAUAAAACUAUCUAUUGUUUUUCCAUUCUCGAAUUGAUCAAGUCUAUAUGGAAUGUAAUAGUUGUAUCUUGCGUGAAAGGGCAAAAGUUCUCAAAUGCAAUCAUUUAAAUUAUAACAAAAACUAUAACAAAAGAACAAAAUGUAAAGAAACGAAAAAAGAUAAGAAACCGUCUAUGAGAUGUGAACAAAAACAAAAACAAAAUUUUGCAAGUGUUAUAUCUUUCUGUCAGAUUCCGCGCG